CUUCUCUUGUGUUAGGAGCACAGAGAGCUUUUCCACAAUGAGCUUCACUGGAAAAUACGAGCUCCAGCACCAGGAAAACUUUGAGCCCUUCAUGAGAGCCCUCGGGCUCCCUGAGGACCAGAUCCAGAAGGGCAAGGACCUCAAGAGCGUCUCAGAAAUUGUGCAGGAUGGGAAAAAGUUCACGAUUACCAUCACCACUGGCUCCAAAGUGAUGAAAAACCAGUUCACCAUUGGGGAGGAGAGUGAGAUUGAGAUGAUGAAUGGAGAGAAAGUGAAGGCUGUUGUGCAGAUGGAGGGAAACAACAAACUGGUGACACAGGUGAAAGGGAUGAAAUCCGUCACGGAGCUCAACGGAGACACCAUCACCUACACAAUGACCAUGGGUGACCUCACCUUGAAGAGAGUCAGCAAGAGAAUCUAGAAAUAUUACACAUGCCAGUAGUUUACCAUGUAAAAUGUGGCCAUUAAAAUAAAAAUUUUUUUGAAUCCUC